GGCUGGCGGCGCGACGUGUGGAUCGAGCGCGUCCGCACCCAGCGGUAUCACGCGCCCCACGGCCACUACAGCCACCACUUCGACUUCAGCCGGAACCAGGACGGCUGGGGCCGCGUGAGCACCUUCAUGGCCUGGGUCCACGGCUCCGACGACGUCGAGGGCGGGGGCACCGAGUUUCCGUACCUGGCUGGGCGGAUCAACACCACCAGCCCCGAGGACGGUGCCCGGUGGUGCAAGUUCAUCGAGUGUGAUGGUGAGAGUGCCAAGCAGAAGCCUAACGAGGAAGGGGGGCCGGAUGAGCCCAAGGGGACUGUGUUCAAGGUGGCGCCGGGGAACGCCGUCUACUGGGAGAAUUUCAGCCCGGAAGGGCUCGGGUAUGAUACGACCUGGCACGCCGGUCUCCCUGUGAAGAAGGGUGUCAAGGUUGGGUUGAAUAUCUGGAGCUUUGGAAGGAUUGAGUGA